AUGUAUGAGUGUUAUGCUCGAUUGGGACAACAAGAACCUCAAGGGGGGAAUCACAGAGGUUUUCCACAACAACGCUUCGGUAAUGGUCGAAGUGGCAAUGACACGGGAAAUGGAAAUCAAAACGGUCAACCUCAAGGGAAUGCUAGGAAUGAGAACUUUCCUAGACAACGAGGUAGUCAAGGAGGCACUACGCUAGUCUCUCACAAUUAUGGCAGACUAUCAGCAGUUAACGCUAGGGAAGCAGCACAAGUGUCCGAUGUGGUCACAAGUACUUUUUGCAUCAAUUCAAAAUUUAAAGACUUAGGAUUGGAAAAUCCCAAGAAAACAUCUUUCUCAGUCGCUAAUCCUUCCGGAGAGACCUCUCAUUGUAGUAUGUUAUUUCGUGGGGCGUCGGUCAAUAUAGGAAAGACAAAAUUCUCGAGUGAUUUGUUUUCUUUGGAAAUGGAAGGUCUAGAUGUAAUCCUUGGGAUGGAUUGGUUGGGUAGAUAUAAGGCAGUGAUAGAUUGUGAGGGACAAUCUGUAACGCUAAGCGGACCCCGAGGAGAGAAAUUUAAAUAUAGGAAGUUUCCUAAGGGACCCAAGGGACAACCAUGGUUUUUCUGUAGUAUAAGUAAGGUGGAGGUGCGGAAGGUUCGAAUUGAUGAUAUUCCUGUAGUCCGUGACUUCAAGGAUGUAUUUCCAAAAGAGCUUCCAGGCAUGCCACCGAAAAGAGACGUGGACUUUUCAAUCGAUUUGGUGCCUCGGACAGGGCCAAUUUCAAAAGCCCCUUAUCUUAUGGCUCCAAAGGAAAUGGAAGAAUUAAAGGUGCAAUUAGAGGAGUUGUUAAAAAAGGGUUAUAUAGACCUAGCAUCUCUCCCUGGGGAGCCCCGGUAUUAUUUGUGA